AUGUUCUUAAGGUCCUUGAUCGCUUCAUCAAUCACAGCCUCCUCCUUUUCUUGCAUGGACAACAAUUCCCACGCCCAUUCACAUAUAAACAAGGCUGUUGUCACCAGUAUCAUCAUCACCAGUCUCUUUCGUCUACCGCAUUCAUCAUCAAAAGCUUCAUCGCUUGUGACCACCUAUUCAGUGCAUCAUUGUUAUUUGUGUUCGUUGUGUCUUUAUGACAUUUGGCCCUAUUACCUGAUGGAUUCUUCUUUAUGGUGGCAUGAAAACCUCGGCCAAGAAACAAGGAAUUUGAAUGAGCUGGGAUGGGCACAAAUCCCCAGGAUAACUGGUUUGGUCAUGAAGCGAGAGAAAUACAAAGGCAACUCCAAGCAAAGGGAAACACAAGAACUGCAGAAGGACACCACAACAACGCGCGAUUCAUGA